CAAAGCAAUCACAACUCAACAACUAGUCAUAUAUGGCUACCCUAUUCCCUCUCCUCUUCCUCCUCCUUCAACCUCUCUUCUCCACUGCCAAUGUCCACAAACUCAACCAGCUCAGACAAGAGCUCAUCUCCCAAACCAUUUCUCUCAAUGACACCCCACCAACCCUUUACUUUGAAGUCACCAAACCCAUUCCAGUUCCCGAAACCAAGCCUUGUUCCCAACUCGUUCUCCAACAUGACUUUGCCUACACUUAUGGAAAACCACCUGUCUUUGCCAACUACACUCCCCCCUCAAACUGCCCAUCUCAGAGUUUCUCAAAGAUUGUUCUUGAAUGGAGAGCAACUAGUAAAGGAAGACAAUUUGACCGCAUUUUUGGGGUCUGGCUUUCUGGGGUUGAGCUUCUGAGGAGCUGCACAGCUGAGCCAAGGACCAAUGGGAUUGUCUGGAGUGUUGAGAAGGACAUCACCAGGUACUAUUCUUUGCUCCAACAGAAUCAGACACUUGCUGUUUAUCUUGGCAACUUGAUUGAUUCAACAUAUACUGGUGUUUACCAUGUGAAUAUAAGCUUUCAUUUUUAUCCUACUGAGGUGGGUUUAGAUAGUUAUGAUCGAAAUGUGGGGGAUUUGGCAUCUGGGUACUAUUCUUGGGCGGAUUUGAUUCUGCCCAUUUCGAGAAAUCUGCCUUUGACUGAUGGCUUGUGGUUUGAGGUUGAGAAUUCAACUGAUACUGAGGUGAAGGAAUUUAAGAUUCCUCAAAAUGCUUAUAGGGCUGUGUUGGAGGUGUAUGUUUCGUUUCAUGAGAAUGAUGAGUUUUGGUAUUCCAAUCCUACUAAUGAGUACAUUGCUGCCAAUAACCUUACUGGCACGCCUGGAAAUGGGCCUUUUAGGGAGGUUGUGGUGAGUUUAGAUGGUGUGAUUGUUGGUGCUGUUUGGCCUUUUACUGUGGUUUAUACUGGGGGGAUCAAUCCUCUUUUGUGGAGACCUAUUACUGCCAUUGGAUCAUAUGAUCUACCUUCUUAUGAUAUCGAAAUCACACCGUUUUUAGGGAAUAUAUUGGAUGGGAAGAGCCACAAGAUUGGGUUUAAUGUUACAAAUGCCUUGAAUGUUUGGUACAUUGAUGCAAAUCUGCAUGUUUGGUUGGACAAACAGAGCUCAAGAACUCAAGCACAGCUUGUGAAGCAUACUAGUUUGCCCCUUGCUGUUUCACUGGUGUCGGAUUUUGAGGGUUUGAAUGGCACAUUUGUGACAAGGGCAAGCAGAUCUGUCUCGUCAACUGGAUGGGUGAAGUCCUCUAAUGGGAAUAUUACAACCCAGUCAGUUCAAGGUUUUUCCUACAUUAAUAAAAUGGUCAUGGGGAAUGAUGGGAAUUUGCAGACAGUGGACCAGAACAUCCAUUUCAAUGACACUGUUCUUAUAGAGACACCAGACUCCGCUGUUCAUUCUCUCAGAUCAAAUAAAACAUUUCCCCUUUACGUGUACACUGACUUCUUGGAACAAGAAGAUGGAACUUAUUUGUUGGUGACAAACGUCAAUUUGGGAUUUAUUGAGAAGAGAAGUGCUACUGGUGGUUCAGGACUCUUGGAGAGUUCUCUCAGAAAUUUGCAGAAUGCAGAGGGUAAUAUGGUUGUGAAAAACAAUUUGGUAGUCAGCGGAGUCGGGAGUACAGAACAAGUAUACAGAUACCAUGGUGGCAGAUUCUGUUACUUUAGAAAUGUGAGCAGCUCAAACUACACCAUACUGUAUGAUGAAGUGGAGACGACAUGCCCCAAAAAAGCCAAGUCUAAUUUUAAUUUUGGCUUGAGAAGACUGUGGCCUUUUGGUACUGGAUUUAUUUGAAGCUUAGUCUAGCUUUAUAGUUGUUGGACCUUCUUGUGUUACAUAAAAGGACUCAGUUGGUAAGUCUGAACAGGAUCCUGGAUGUGGGAUCCUCAAAUAAAAAUGUAAGUAUUCGCUGUUCGAUUUGGUGUUGUGAAUAUGCUUCUAAGAUAAUUUAUCUGAAGGAAAAGCGAUUCCAGGUUGUUUUGCAA